CCCCGCCGCUGCCAUCGGAGCACCCCGAGCCGGGGCCCGCCCCACGGGAGCUGCUGGAGGCGGGGUGGGACCCUCGAGUCCCGAGGCUGAAAUAGGGGGAGGGCUCAACCCGCGCCUUCCCCAGGUGGCCGCUGCCCGCCGACCGUCCCGCCGCGCCGCCUGCGAGUCUUUUUUCAGAGUCUGAAGAGCUUAAGACACACUUGCUGGCUUCCCACUGCUCCCCUGCGGCAUCUUUCACUUUUCAGGUUAACUGAAAUCUGCAAACAUUCUCUGCUGCAAGAAAAAGAGGGUGAUGUCAUCAGAAGAUGAUGCUGGCGGGGAGGCUCCUGGGGGCAGUUUCUGGGAGGCUGGAAACUACAAGCGGACAGUGAAACGUGUGGAUGAUGGGUACCGGCUCUGCAAUGACCUUAUCUCCUGCUUCCAGGAGAGAGCCAAGAUAGAGAAGAACUAUGCCCAGCAGCUAACGGAGUGGUCCCGUAAGUGGAGGACCAAUGUGGAGAGAGGUCCGCAGUAUGGUACUCUGGAAAAAGCCUGGCAUGCCUUCCUGACAGCUGCAGACAAACUGAGUGAAAUUCACUUGGCUGUACGGAACCACCUGGCUGGUGAAGAUUCAGAUAAGAUCAAGGCCUGGCAGAAGGAGGCCUACCACAAGCAGAUGAUUGGAGGCUUCAAGGAAACAAAGGAUGCAGAGGAUGGGUUCCGCAAGGCCCAGAAACCCUGGGUGAAGAAGAUGAAAGAUGUGGAGACUUCUAAGAAAAACUAUCAUGCAGCCCGGAAGGAGGAGAAAACGGCCCAUACAAGGGAGAACCAUGCCAAGGCAGACUCAUCUGUCUCACAGGAGCAGAUGCGCAAGUUGCAGGAGCGCGUAGAGAAGUGCACUCAGGAGGCUGAGAAGUGCAAGGAUCAGUAUGAGAAGAUGUUGGAAGAAUUGAACCGCUACAAUCCCCGCUACAUGGAGGACAUGGAGCAAGUGUUUGAGGGCUGUCAGGAGGCAGAGCGCAAGCGAUUGUGCUUCUUUAAGGAGAUGCUUCUGAAUCUGCACCAGCAUCUCAACCUCUCCACCAGUGAAAGCUUUCAUGCAUUGUAUCGGGAUCUCCACCAAGUCAUCAUGGCUGCAGACAACCAGGAGGACCUGAAGUGGUGGCGCAACACUCACGGACCGGGCAUGGCUAUGAAUUGGCCUCAGUUUGAGGAAUGGUCUCUUGAAACACAGAGGCAAAUCACUAAGAAGGAGAAGAGUGGCAAGAUGGCGGAUGAUGUCACACUGACCAGCAUUUUGCCUACACGAGAUGGUGUUAUCUCACAGACCCCUCUGCAGACAAGGUUUUCCUAUCAAGAGGAGCAGAACAGCCUCUUCUAUGACACCCUGAAGGCACCAACCCAUGUGAACGGGGGGAAGGAAGACAUUUCAGAGUGGUCAGAUGAGGACACUCCCAAGAAGUGCCUGGAUGCCAAUGGGCACGAGGAAGACCUAAAGGUACCAGGUGUACGGGUACGAGCACUCUAUGAUUACACAGGACAGGAGGCUGAUGAGCUGAGCUUUAAAGCAGGUGAAGAACUAAUGAAGAUUAGUGAGGAAGAUGAGCAGGGCUGGUGCAAGGGCCGACUUCUCACUGGUCAAGUUGGACUCUAUCCUGCUAAUUAUGUUGAGAAGGUUGGAUCAUGAUUGCUGCUGCCUUGCCAGUGCCUCACAGCCAUACCAGCAUCUCCUGCAGAGGUUACCGGGUCACUCCUGGCCCCAACACACCUUUGCAGUAUAUCCAGCAGCUUCUGGACUUUAAAGGCACAUAUUCCAUGUAACUAAUGCUUCAUUUUAAACAUCUAGAUCUGUAGGGAUUUUCUAAAAAAUAAACAAGGAUGAAUAAAGACUUUUCUGAGCACUACAGUAGCGUAGGAGUGCAGAAAGAAACUGAUCCUUUUGACUUGCACUCAGAGAUAAGGAGGUAAGUGCUUUCAUAGAGCUUUAUAAAAGAGAGAAAGCACACUUCCUUGACUUCAAUGCACAUGCAUCCAUAGGGUGUUGAGGUCUUCCCUGCCUUCAGGCUUCCUGUUCAAGGAAUUUUGGAUAUGCAGGGUAAUAGGGAACUUCUAUUAUAGUUUCACCUUUUUAGCUCCAUCAAGCUGACUGGCAGAGAGCCCUUGAUUCUCACAGGUCUUCUAUAAGGUUUCAGUAUCCCUCGCCUGAAAGCUUGUUGACUUCCUUGGUAAGGCAGCUGGUCGAAGUGGUACAGCUUCAACCUGAACAUCCCUUUUCACUGCCCUCAUAUUUAUUGGGAUAACCCCAGGAAUGGAUGAUAGUGUAGCUGAGGCACAGGAGAAAGAAGCUUCUGUCUUGCAUGGUGUGGCUGUUCAGGCUAAUGAGUUGUGAACAGAGACCUGUUGUGCAGCAAGUUGGAGUUGACUGAAUGCUGCCUGAGCUAAAAUAGGCUUUGACACAUGCUGAAGGCUGGUUUUAACAAAACUACAGGCACGUUCCAGUGCUGUUCUGCUUAGGAUUCCUAAAUUCACUUGUGUAUGUUGGGAUUUGUAAUGCAUCUAGAUUAUUUUGGCUAUACCUCUCUUCAAGAGCACUUAGUGCACAGCCAAGACCCUCUUUUUUUUCCUUGCCAAUGUCUUCUUGACUUACAUAGGGGUAGAAGUGCAUUCCCUGCUUUGCCAAAGACCCCUGCACUGUGAUGAGGGUUGCACUAUGGAAGCUGCUGUCUGGCUGGCACAAAAUACCAAUAGAGGGGUGACUCCCCUUUUUGUGCUGAAUUACUGCAAGUGCACUUAUGCCCAGUUGUUAAGUGCCAUUCAGCAGGAAGGAUGUAUCUCAGACAUCUUAUCUCAGACCUGUUCUUCUGCCUUUGAAAGCCUGCGAGGCUGCUGGGAAAAGCUAGCAUCCUGAUCCUAGUGCUCUACAUUUUCCAACGUAGGGACUGAUAAGCCCAAGAGCUUGAGGGAACAAAAAACUGGAAAAGCUCCCAUUGUUGGAGAAACAAAGGCAAACAAGCAGUUGCUUAAAAAUUACUUGGUACAUCUGCUUGAAACUGCUGCUGAAAUGCAUUUUGAGUUUUUAGUAACCUUCUGUAGUGACAUUCUGGCCUAGCAAGUGGGAGUGACCUGGCUAAGUCAGACUCACAAAACUCAGUCGAGCCUCCACCAACCACUUGGGGUGAACUGCUUCAGAGCUGUUUGGAAAAUGGGUGCUACACAUAAGAAAGUCUGAAGUCAUGGGUGAACAUUGGGAUUAAAUGUGUAAACACUGUGUUGGGUUAACAGCAGCUAGUAAGCCAAAAUGUAGACUGAAGCACAGGAGGGGAUGGACAUAUUCAAACAAUUUACGAAGAUUAAAGUAUCACAAACAUCUCAAUGCCUGGCUGACAACAGAAAUUAACUUUUUACAGCAUACUGGAUGCCUUGAAGUGUAGUCUGCCCUGGACAAAGAGAUGGGAGACUAAUGCUAUUUAGUGCUUUUGUGAGACCACAGGAACUAACAGUUGGGAAGUUUUGCUCGAAAUAGCCCUAGCACUGUACUUUAUGAAUGGGGAAGAGGGGUGCAAACCAAAAGAAUAAUGAUAAAGUGUUUUGCUCAGAGUCUACUAUGUCAUUUCUCAAUAAAAGAGAAGGUAUUUCCAAAAGGCAAUUAAAUAUCUAAGCAACAUACAUUAAAAAUGCCUGGAUUUUGCUAUGAA